AUGACGAGGAGGCCGGAGAUCACACCAAUCGGGCAAGUUGUGUUGAAAAAGAUUGAGCAGCUCCUGGAAACAAAUUCAGAUCACGUGGCUGUGGUAGGCCUUUCGAUUUUAUACGAUGCAAUUCAAAUUGGGCCACAGCUCUCUUACUUCUCAAUUUUAAGAUUUACGAAGACGUCCCAGAUCAUCCCGCCGUCCCGUACGAUCAUAUCAACCAGUGCACCUUGAGCUUGUUGCAUUUCCUGAAACGCGAAGGGUUUCUGGUCGAAAGAGGUGUGAUUGGAAUAUGCCUUGGGAACACCCAUCAUUUCGUGAUUUCCUUUACAGCGGUGACGGCAAGUCGCACGAUUGCAGCAUUAUUUGGUCCCGAUAGUCCGCCAAGUAAGUACAUACAGUGACGGACUUGAUCCAGUGGCAAAAAACGUACCAUUUUGCAUCCGGGAAGCAUCCAAAAUGUGGCAAAAUGCUUCCCAAGCGAAAAAACUUCGUUUUGAAGGGCGCGCCCUUUCCCUCACAAAAAAAGCGGGCGCCCUUUUGAAAUCGGAGUUCUUUCACUUGGGGAGGGAAGCAUUUUGCCACAUUUUGUACACUUCCCAGAUGGAAAAUGGUACUUUUUUUGUCACUGGAUCAGGUUCCCCACUGUAAUUCAAGGAGGUUUUCCCGCUCUUCCGACCCCAUGCAAAUGGCUAUUUUGGGUUUUUUUACUACGUUCCCUUGCAAGCGUGAAAAUUAUUUCAGUUAUAUUACUAAAAACUACCCGAACGCUUUAAUAAUUAAGGUUAUUUUCAGUGGAUCUGCUCAAUCAACUCAACGAUUCACGAGCCGAAACCUUGAUAACAACGGCCGAGAUAUACCUUCAACUUCUGGAGCAAAGCCGGCAUUGGGCGCACUUGAAGAAUGUCGUAUUGGUCAACAGGUUCGGAAAGCCUCUGGACGUCAAAGGCUUCAAUGUUUACACAUGGACCCAAGUUAUUGCGCAUAAGCCGAAAUUCCAUUUUCAGUAAGAAUUUUUGAGCUCGUUUAUUACAAAAUUGCAAAUUCCAGUUCAAUGGAUAGAGCCUACACCUUGUUGCCAAGGGAAGUACUCCGAGUGCGACGCUCAGAUUUCGAUGACUUGAACAAUUUAAACUCAUUUUUCAAAAAAUAUAGUGGGGGAUUGAUCCAGUAGCAAAAAACGUGCCAUUUUGUAUCCAGGAAGCAAAAUUUGGCAAAAUACCUCCCUCUCCAAGUGAAAAAACUCAGAUUUCAAAAGCUUUUUUUGUGAGGAAAAAGGGCGCGCCCUUCAAAACGAAGUUUUCUCACUUGGAGAGGGAAGCAUUUUGCCCCAUUUUUGAUACUUCCCGGAUGCAAAAUGCUACGUUUUUUGCCAUUGGAUCAGGUCCCCCACUGUAAGCAUUGAUAUCUGGAUGCUUUACGAACGGGAAAAAUCAAAAAGAAAAAAUCGGCGCGCGUCGCACUUGGAAGCCUUCAUUUUUGAAUAACGAAUUUCAGUCAGCAUUCGACGGGUCCAAAUGAUCCGGCAUUAUUAAUUUAUCCGGAGAAGCCUCGACGCAAUCACAACGCUAUCCUGCUCAGCCAUUCUGCACUCUUGACAAAGGCAAAAACAAUGGCCAGCAUCAUUUCCAAGCGUCUGUCAUCAACACAAUCUCAAUUUGAAAUCAUCACCGCUCCUUCGCAUGUAAUGGAAGGCGUCGUGCAUAUUCUGAACGCUGUCCUCGCCCAGCGCACGCUCGUCGCCUGCGAAGACAAAGCCGACAUAAUUUGUGACACAUUGACAAAGUACCAGCCGAAUUACUUGACUGUUACCAUCAACACAGCGCUUGAGAUGGUGAAAUUCCCGCUUCCGCCGUUAACUGAUGUCCGCUCAGUACAAGUCCUUGGGAUUAUUUCGCACUGUAUUGGGAGAGAUGUAGCCGAAGAAUUGGUCCGUAAAUUCAAUAAUGUCAAACACUUUGUGCAGACUUUGCGGAUACCGGAGCUGCUCAAUUACAGUUGUUUGAGCGCAGGAAUCAAAGACGUUGGAAAUUGCGGCACAGUGCUUGAUGAUGUUGAGUGUAAGGUAAAGAUUAAUCAGUAUAAUGUUUCAACGGAAAGCCUAGCGUUUUAGAUAAUUGACACGGAAACUGGGAAGAGUGUUCUUGCCCAUGAAGUCGGUGAACUUUGGGUAAAAUCCCCAACACUUAUGUGCGGAUAUUGGGGGGACCCACAAGCAAAAGCCAACGUUAUUACACACGAUGGAUGGUACCUAACUGGUAGGUUUAAUUUCUGUCAAUAACCCACUUAUAUUAUAUAUCAAAUGUGGGUAGAAAUGAUGGGAAAACCUUUCGAACCUAGAACUUAGAUCGCAUCUGCACGUCAAACUGAGAUAGGCUAAAACGGUCCGGUGAAUAUAGCAGGUUGUCAAUCCGCCAAAAAAGACCCGAAAAAACUUUUAGUCGGGGAAGAAAUGGGGAUUUUUUGUGGCGAGAGAGUGCGUUUUUGCGCGUCUUUUUCUCUGACUUCUCUGUGAAAUCAAGACGAAGUGUAAAAAACCGAUAACGAAGAGUCUAUUCCGGUCACCGGACCCCUCAAUUUGACGUGCGCUGCCGUUCGGUGGCGUAGCUACCAAUUUCUCAGCUACGCCCCUGCCGCCGUUGAAAGCUUGAGCUUUCCUUGCGGCACGCAAGAACCAUAAUUCGCAAUCGUAUGUAAAUCGCGUUUCCAGGCAAGCUCGCGAAAUUCGACGAACAUGGAAACCUUCACUACGUUGCUGAAUCAAAUGAAGUUAUCUUUGUUCAAUCAAGCCCAGUGUAUCCACCGCUGUUGGAGGAGAAAAUACUCGAACAUCCGAAGGUUGCGGACUGCGCUGUUGUUGGAGUUUCGCAUAAGAAGUAUGGAAAGGUGCCGCGAGCGUUCAUUGUGAAACUUAGCAUGGACUUAACCGAGGGGGAAAUCCACGAGCACGUUAAGCACUGCUGUUUGGCCGAAGAAGAGUUGCUUGGAGGGCUGUAUUUUGUGAGCAAGAUCCCGAGAAACGCGAGUGGCGGAGUUGAUAAGCAAUUGCUUGUUAAGCUAUUUGUACUUCGAAAAUAA